AUGCCGGUUACUGUAGGUGGACCUUAUGGGCAGUCACAGCCCAGCUGCUUUGACAGAAUAAAGAUGGGCUUCAUGAUGGGUUGCACAGUGGGCAUGGCAGCCGGGGCACUCUUUGGCACGUUCUCCUGUUUAAGAGUUGGAAUGAGAGGACGAGAACUUUUUGGCGGCGUUGCAAAGACCAUGAUGCAAAGCGGUGGCACCUUUGGGACAUUUAUGGCCAUUGGAAUGGGGAUUCGGUGUUGA